CGGUCAAUCUGUCACCAGUCCAAGCAAGUUUUCUGCACGACGCGUCGUGUUGUUUAUUUUUUGUACGUUUCGGAAAUAAUUUCGGUCGAUUUUGCAACAUAAAAACAUCUUAAUUCCGAGUGAAAAGCGGCAAAAAAAUGUCCAAACGCACCGCUUCGGAAGUUGCCGAAGAGGACAACUACCUGGACGAUCUGGUAAGGGAUAAGCAGAGCAAUCGGCCGUCCACCAGCAAACAUACGCUCGAUUCGGACGAAGAGGACAGCGGCGAGGAUGAGGCUCAAUACAAUGUUCUGGACGGGAACGAUAUCGAAGGCGAGGAGGAUGGCAUUUCCCGAGUGGACGAUGAAGUUAAAAUCACCCCUUUCAAUAUGAAGGAGGAAAUGGAGGAGGGACAUUUCGAUGCGGAUGGGCACUAUUUGUGGAAGAAAGGAGCGGAAAUUCGAGAUAAUUGGUUGGAUAAUAUAGAUUGGGUCAAAAUUAAGAAUGACCCAAACUAUAAGGAGAAAAAAGAGGACGAGUUGAGAGGACUGGCAGACUCGGACUCGGAUGAUGAGGAAGACGAGAAAGCUAAAGGAUUUGAUUCCUCAAAAACCUAUCAAAAUAUUCUCGAUAUGAUGGAACCGAAAGAAACUAUAAAGAAGGCUCUUCAAAGGAUUGGCAAAAAGACGGCAAAGUUAACCACCGCACAGCGUUGGAAGAUGAAAAAGGCCGGUACUUUGGAUGAUUCAAGCGAGAAGGUUACGCGUUUGACCGAACUGGCCAAUGAAAUUCUCACGCGGGAAGGCAACAUGGACAUUUACGAUGAAACCUACGAGAUGAUACAGAAAAAGGUCAACGAUUCCAAGCCGGUUCCGGAGGAUGAGCUGGACAUGUAUGCCGACGACUUCGACAGUAAGGAGAAGAGCAAACUAAAGGAUGAUGAUCCUAAGGAUUCUUCAGGUGUCGAUCAGCCUUCCACAUCCACCAGUCAGGAACGGGAAGAAAAGCCCCUGCUUAUGUGGGAGUACAAAGAACAGCAAGAGGCAGAUCAAAUCCAUGGCCCGUUCAGUACCGAGCAGAUGCAAAAGUACGCCGAUGAAGGGCGGUUUAGUAGCGGUGCGUUUGUAAGAAAGGUAGGUGCCGAGGAUUCUCGCUUUUACUCUGCUGCCAGAAUUGAUUUCGAUCUGUAUUUGUAAGCGCGAAAAUACAGCUCAUUCAAAACUGUA